ACAAACGAACAAAAGUGAUAAAGUCAAGCCUAUAGUGCCUGCCUUCUGUCAUCCAGUGAAGUAUGUCUGUCAUAUUGCACCAAUAGUAGGUGGAGAUGAACUGGUGCAAGAUAUUUGUGCUCCAAUUGUUAAGAAUAUUUAUCAGGGUACUAAAAAUACAUCAACUAAUAAAGACCAUGACAAGUGGGUCUGUGAGCUCGACUACGCUAUCCAGGGACUCGCCCCACAUGUUAGAGAGACACUUGGCUCGUCAAAAAAAAAUCAAAGAUGCAGGAUCUUAUCAGAUUUGUAGAUAUCUAUGUAAUAAGAUAGUCUGGAUGGUAAAGGAAACAUGUCUAUAAACCGUCCUCUUCUUGGAUUAUAAAAAGGAUAGAUGAGUCCUCUUCUUGGAUUAUAAAAGGAUAGAUGAGUCAUCUACUAGAUUAUAAGAUAAUAUCCAGCAGAUCGUGUAUAUGGUUGUGUAAAAUAAUAUUUUGUAGUACAAUAUGCAUUGUUCAUAUAUUGAAGUUUGGAGAAUGGAUUGUGUGGUGAUGGAUGAUGAAUGGAUUGUGUGCAAAGCAUAGGAUGCUCCUACUGCCGCUGCCGGACAAGAAUCCCUGAGCUCCAUUUAUUCCUCCUUGCAGCAGCAAAGCAAGCAUCGUCAGCCUGCCUCGCGUCUCGUCGACCAUCCAAAUCCACUCCCUUCUCUAGUCCAAGGAGCUCAGGAGGUCGAGGAAGAAGGAAUGGCGCCGUCGUACCGGCCCUACCACGUCGCCGGCGAGGAUCAGCAGCGUAAGGUGAAGGCGGGUGGGAAGUGGUUGGCCGCGUGGAGCGUGCUGGGUGUUGGCGGCGACCCGGCGGAGAUGAAGCGGCGGAGGCGGGUGGCCAGCUACAAGGCGUACGCGGUGGAAGGCAAGGUGAAGGCGUCCAUCCGCCGGGGCAUCCGAUGGGUCAAGGCCAAGUGCGACCGCAUCGCCGCCAUUCACAACUAGCUAGUAGAGCAGAGCUGAGCUGAGCAUGUCGUCGGUUCCUUUCCUUGUGCGCUUGCAUUGCAUUGCAUUGUGUUUUUACCUGUUCAGGAUCCAUUUCCAUUUACCAGCUUCUUGUUGUUGUUGUUGUUGUUGUUGUCACAUGUAUGUGCAUGAUCCAUUCUGAACCCGGUUUUAAUCCGAAACAAAUCAGCCACUAGAGCAAAGUUCAUCA